AUGUCUAUAACAAGUCAAAUUUUCAAAUAAAAGAGCUAAAACUAAUCUUAAAGUGAGAUUAUUUUAUAGAAGAAAGUGAUUGAUGAUAAUUUUUCUUAUAUUUACCAUCAUAUAUAAAGUGAAAUAAGAUUAAAAAAUAAACCUAUUCAUGAAUAAAUCAAAUAUUUACAAGAUGAUAUCUAAAACUUAGAUAAAUAAAAUAAUAAUAUUACCUAAGAGGAAAAAAAAUAUAAAAAAAGUAGAUUAAAAAUAUAAUUAAUGUCAGUCUUAAGAUAAAGUGAACAUGUGAAAAGUAUAAUUAUUCCUGAGAUUAAUUAAAGAAUUGAAAAAGAUAACACUAAUAUAAUGCUUUAUGUUUUAAAAGAAGCUAUAUCAAGAGAUUAAAAUAGAGAAUUUCUAUUAACAGAUGGGAUACACUCAUGUGGGUUUGAUUCUAUAAUUGGAGUUUAUGGAUAAGAUUAAUAAUGUCUGAGAUUUCGAACAAAAGAAGUUGAGUUUAAAUAGUUACAACUUUAUGAUAAACUUAGAGACGAAUAUCUUUUUGAUUUUAAAGAAAAAGUAGCAAAAAUUUAUUAGAUUGAAUCAUCUGAAGUGGAUAUUUUGGAUAUCACAGAAGGAAGUACUAUCAUUUCUUUCAAGAUUAGGAGCAAAAUCGAUUUAGAAAAUGACAAAAAAUCUAUUGAAUUUCUUGAAAAAGUUUGCAAUGGCAAUGUUGAAUUUUACAAUUACUUUGUUACAGCCUAAGAUAAAAAACGUACAGAAAUUGGACUAGAACUGAAUGAUUUUAAUAGUAAAUUCAAUAUGACUUGGGAUCAUUUACCUGAAUUUGAAGAGAGAGGACCUUUUAAUCAUCGUUAUAAUUAUUAUUUUCCAAAAGGAUGUUAUGGAUUUGGUUUGAAUAUCACAAAAUAUGGUUAAGAUGACAACUGGAUUAAAAUGAAUGGAAAUUAGGAUGAGUGGAGAAUAUUGUUUCAUGGAACCAGCAAUAGUAAUGUAGAAAGUAUUAUAAAGGCUUCUCUAAAACCAGGUACCCGACAGGCCUAUACAAAUGAUGAUUGCAUUGAUGAAUAUGGCAGAACGGUUAAAGUUGGAAAUGGAAUAUAUUUCUGUGAUAAUUUUAUGACUUGUAUUAAAGAUGGUUAUGCAAAUCCUAUCAAAGUACAUGAAAAAAAUUUUUCAACUAUUUUUAUGUCAAGAGUUAACCCAAAAAAAAUUAGAUAGAGUUUACAAAUGAAAGAAAAACAUUACUUUAUUGUAAAUAAUUCAGAAGAUGUCAGACCAUAUAGGAUCUUAAUGUAUGAAGUUAACUGA